AUGUCUGCAUCUCUCAAAGACUUCAAUAGUUCCAAGUUCCAGGUGUCUGAGUUCAUCCUGCUGGGAUUCCCAGGCAUCCACAGCUGGCAGCACUGGCUCUCCCUACCACUGGCCUUGCUCUAUCUCUCAGCGAUAGGGACAAACGUGCUCAUUCUCAUCAUCGUCUAUCAGGACCCUUCCCUGAAGCAGCCCAUGUAUCUUUUCUUGGGAAUCCUCUCCGUGGUGGACAUGGGCCUCGCCACCACCAUCAUGCCUAAGAUCCUGGCCAUCUUCUGGUUUGACGCCAAGGUCAUUAGCCUUCCUGAGUGUUUUGUUCAGAUUUAUGCCAUUCACUGCUUUGUAGGCAUGGAGUCUGGUAUCUUCCUCUGCAUGGCUUUUGAUAGAUAUAUAGCUAUUUGCUAUCCUCUCCGCUAUUCAUCAAUUAUUACCAAUUCCUUGAUCUUAAAAGCCACACUGUUUAUGGUGCGAAGAAAUGGCUUGGGUGUCAUUCCAGUGCCUGUUCUUGCCGCCCAGCGGAAUUAUUGUUCAAGGAAUGAAAUUGAGCAUUGCUUGUGCUCUAACCUUGGAGUCACAAGCCUGGCUUGUGAUGACAGGAAGCCAAAUAGCAUUUGCCAGUUAAUCCUGGCAUGGGUUGGAAUGGGGAGUGACCUGGGUCUCAUAAUAUUGUCAUAUGCUUUGAUUCUGCGCUCUGUACUCAGACUCAAUUCAGCUGAAGCUGUUUCAGCUCUGAACACUUGUAGCUCCCACCUCACCCUCAUCCUCUUCUUCUACACUGUUGUUGUAGUGAUUUCAGUAACUCACUUGGCAGAGACCAAGGCCACCUUGAUCCCAGUUUUGCUCAAUGUGAUGCACAAUAUCAUCCCUCCUUCGCUCAACCCUAUUGUGUAUGCACUUAGGACCAGAGAACUCAGGCUGGGCUUUCAAAAGAUGCUUUGUCGGAGCUUACAAGAGAAAUAA